AUUUGGAUUGCGCCGCGGUCCAAACUUCACUAUCUUCACCGCCUGUGCGGUGGCCGCAGCUGCAAUGGCGUAGUUGGAGUUUGAGGUGGGAAUGCUAGCUCCUUCGCCGGAGGUGCUGAGAAUAUGAGAGAGGGCUUCAUUGUCAUCUCGGCGGACGAUGAGAGGAGUGAAGUCAGUGUUCUCCCUUCUAUCUCCACCCCCAAAGGUCGAGAACGAAUCGACAGGUUCGGCAGGGGUGGUGAGAGGAGCCUCCGUGGUUUCCUUUCUACCUGUAUCUGUAUCUGUACCUGCGUCUGAAUCCCCGUCUACAAGGGCCGGCGACGCUUUGAAAAACUUAUCAUGUGCAUUGAGAGGCAUUAGGUGCUGAUUUGGACUGAACUCUCGCGAAUCAGGCUGGAAUUGAGGCGGGAGCUCUGGCUCUGGCUCUUGGUCAUCUGUCCGGUGACUCAUGGCUCGUGGGGUACGUGACAAAUCUCGGCCCGCGUUACUAUUUUGCCUUCCAAGCUUUGAUUCUGGCAUCUCUGCAUUGGCCUCGCCCAACUCGAAAAUGUGCUGUUCGGUCUGCGCUUGAACCUGCCUGCGUGCCUCCUUGGUCCGCUCCAACUCCAUCCGCACCUUGGCGAGUUUUUCCUCAUGCCUCGCAAUUAGCAAUUGGAUAUGGUGGCCCUUGGCCGGACCAUGGUCUAUUGGCCUGACCAAGACAGGCUCUUUGAGCGCCAACUUCUCGCGGAGAGGGGCACCUUUCGUAAAGUCCGCAUUCUCCUGCCUGAGUUGCUUCAAUUCUUCGUCCUUUCUUCCGAGCUUAGUCUCCAUAUCGUGCAGAUCAUCUCUAAGACGGAUCACCUCUUCUUGCAGAUAUUUGUCUGGCUCAGCAUUUGCUUCCAGCUCGCGUUGCUUGACCUUGAGCUCCUCGAUAGCUACGUCUCGGUUCUGUAGCAUCACCUCCUUGUCUCGGAGGUCAGAUUUUAGUUGUUUGAUAAUCUGUUGACCUUCGGGAUCAUUUUUCGCGAUCUCAAGCUUGUUACGGAGACUGAGCAGCUCCAUGUUCAGUUUGUCGACCUCUUUUUGUGUGACUACCGCUAUGUUGCGGUAUUCCUGUAUCGAACUUUCCGACGCGCGAUAGACUUCGCCUCUGUGCCUUUUCAUAUUUUUCUCGAGCUCUUUAUUGUGGUCUUUGAGCUUGUUGAUCGUUUCCACUUUGGACUUCAUUUCUUCAACGUAGUUCGUACACUCCUCUUUGUGACUUUGACGAGCGGCUGUGAACUCUUUCAGAAAUUUAUCUGCAUCCUCUCGGGCGCUAAUAAUCCUGGCCUCCGAUAUUGUGAUACGCUCUUUGAUUUCGCGUUCUAGCGUCCAUAGCUUUUUGGCUUGAAAUAGAACGGUUUCGAUAUUGCUCUGAAGCGC